AUGCAGUCGACGUCGACCACCCCGCCCGCUGCCGCCGCCGCCGCCGCCGCUGCAUCAUUGGCGGCCGCGGUCCCGGCCGGCUCGGCGCCCGCCCAUGCGGCCGUCGCCGUGCGCGAGCGGGAGCGGCCAAAGCCCGCGGCGGUGCGCUACCCCUUCUGGUUCGGAGGCAGUGCGUCCAGCCUGGCCGCUUGCGUCACCCACCCUCUGGAUCUCGUCAAGGCAUGUAUUCAUGUGCGACUGCAAAUGCGCACGGGUGACAUGCCCAAGAGCAUGAGCGGCACCUUUGUGCACAUCGUGCGCCACGACGGCGCGCGCGGCCUCUACGCCGGUCUGUCGGCCUCGCUGCUGCGCCAGCUGACCUACAGCACCACCCGCUUCGGCAUCUACGAGGAACUCAAGGCCCGCCACGCCGCCCGCUCGGGCGGCCGCGAGCCCUCCCUCAUCGCCCUCAUCGCCAUCUCGGCCGGCUCCGGGUUCGUGGGCGGCGUCUCAGGCAACGCCGCCGACGUGCUCAACGUGCGCAUGCAGCACGACGCCGCCCUUCCCCCGCGCCAGCGCCGCAACUACAGGCACGCUGCCGACGGCAUGGUCCGCAUGCUGUGCGAGGAGGGGCCCGCGAGCUGGUUCCGUGGCGUCCUGCCAAACAGCCUCCGCGCCGCCGCCAUGACCUCGUCCCAGCUGGCCUCGUACGACACCUUCAAGCGCCUCAUCGUCGCCAACACGGCGCUCGGCGACGGCCUGCCCACACACUUCACCGCCAGCUUCCUCGCCGGCGUCGUCGCCGCGACCGUCACCAGUCCCAUCGACGUCAUCAAGACGCGCAUCAUGUCAGCGAGCGGCAAGUCGUCCAGCAUCCCCAAGGUCGUCAUCGACAUUUACUCGGCCGAGGGCGUCGGCUGGAUGUUCAAGGGCUGGGUCCCUAGCUUUUUGCGUCUCGGCCCGUAA